UGUGUUCCAGCCAUAGUUCAGUGAAUUUGUCUUUUUUGUUUAUAGAUAUCAUUAUGUAAAACUCACUUACAAUUUAGACUACUCGAAAACGAAACUAUCACUUAUAAACAUUAAGUGGAGUUAUUGUCGGGUUUUUAUUAAACAAAAACACGCAAUUCAGAAGCUCAUUUAAAAAUAUAUCGCAAGUAGCAUGGAUGAAAGAAUAACAAUUCUCUAUGUGACACAUGUUAAAAAGAGAUCGUGUAUUUUAUUUGUUAGACCAUAACUAAGUUGCAUUCUUUUAUCGAAGUCAGUUUUUUUGGAAAGUAUGGACUUUGGAUUCCCCAAACCAGAAAAAUAUACAAAACGAAUAAUUGAAAAAUUGGGUUUUCAAAGCAUUCUGUACCAGGAUGUUCUUGCUUAUCAGAGUAGAUACAAGAAAGUCAUUCCACCUUUGUUCAACGAAAGACGCAAGACGAGCCACAAGAGUUUUAGGAGUAGACUUGACCUUAGCGGGCUAGCCAAGGAGCUGUCGGCGGAAGCGAAGAACGCCGAGUUUACAUCCUAUGAAUACCACAGUGUUUCAUCGAGAGAGCAAGAUGGCACGGCGGAUUUCGUCCUCGACUGUUCCAGCUUCACCCAUCCGUUUAAGCAGGAAAUAACGGAAGACGACAUCGAAGAACGAAACUUCGACGAGGUCAGAACUGUGGAGUUUUUCGAUGAAGGCGAAGACGAUGGGUCACAGUGCAAACAAGAAUAUUUAGACCCACCUGUCGAAGAUGCUGUUGAAACUGUCCAUUCUUACAGCGACUAUCAACUGACAAACCAGUGCACUUCCGAAGAUUACAGAAACGGGAUUGUUUACAACGAAUCUCUUGAAGACAGCAUUAGUAAUAAUGACGAGACCUUGGAGUCAAAAAGGGAAGAAGACUUGUUAAGGCAGAUAUGCAUUGAAGAAGAGAAUAAAAACGCUUUCUUGGAAGGAUUUUCAAGCAAUUUGUGCAAGAAGGAUCCCUUUUCUGCCCAAGGCGACAGCUCAUAUGGCAUGCUCGACCAUAACCAGUCAGUGGAUAUAAUAAAUGCGGCUAAAAAUUUGUAUUCUAAACGAACAAGAACCCUAAUGCACUGGAUCAACCCGAAAAUCCCAAAGGCGCGUCUGAAAAUGAGCAUGAUGAACGCGUGGGAUCAACUUCCUGAAUGGCAAAAACGAAUCUAUAUAUCUCAGGUGCUGGGAAAAUUCUCGACGAACACUGUUAUGCCCAUUGUAAACCCUGAAUUGCUGUCAAUCCACAAGAUUUCCAAUAACCUCGACAAUCCCAAUGAAGAACCGUUUGGGGUGAGAGCAAUGAGGGCGAUUUCGAAGAGAAGAAAACCGCAAGAAUUCGAAGAGUUUGUACCAAAAAGGAACAAAUUAACAGAAGUGAAAGUGACACCGCAAGAAACAAUACAGGAAACUCCUGCUGACGUCAUUAUUGAAACGGAAAAAGAGGCGGAAAUACCAGUGAUCGAGGAGGAAAAACAAUCCAGUGUCGUCAUAAAGAUAGAGGUCGAAGAUCCGGUUGGUGACAAUUCGUUUUCCUCCUCUUCCGAACCCAGGCAAGGGAUUAGCUACUGGGGCAACCAGACCUCCGAAGAGUACCACAGCGAUCUGUUCAGAGACGUAAGGCUCAACUGAGCUUCGUCUGGCCAAUUAAGACAAUUUACUUGAAUUGGCACGUAAUUAGUACGUGUACUUCUAGACCCAUUAAUUUUCUCACCAAAGAGUGCAACAUCGUUGACAUAUUUUUGGGUUGGAACUAAUAAUAUACCUGUUAUACACUUUUUA